ACUACCUUCAGACAAAACUUCUUUCAGUUUUAUUGCUAGCCUGUUACAAUGGCCCAGGUUGUAUGUUCUUCCUUUAGCCUGUCCAACACAACUAAAAGUUUUGGAUGGCGAACAUUAUGUGAUACGAAAGCAUUCUUGCCUCUUUCCCACAAGAAGAGAGUAAUCUACGUCAGGGCUAAAAUAGACGGUGCAAGCUCUGGCUUCGGAGACAAACUACAAAUUCGUCGAGAAGUCGAUCGCAAUGCAGUUGUGAAUACUAUGGCAGCUUCAUCGUGCACGCAGACGUGUGAGGCAAAGCCAUUUCCCCCAAAUAUGUGGGGAGAUGAUUUUAUCGUUUCCCUUGUGACGAGAAAUCAGGAAACUAUGGAUUACAAUGAGAAACGUGUAGAGAAACUGGUCCGUGAGAUUAAGGAGAAGUUUAAUUCUAUGGAGGAUGGUGAGAUAAGUCCGAGCUCGUAUGAUACAGCAUGGGUGGCAAGAGUGCCCGCCAUUGAUGGCUCUCACAAACCACAGUUUCCCCAGACGCUCAAUUGGAUAAUUGAUAACCAGUUACGGGAUGGUUCGUGGGGAGAUGAAAGCGUGUUCCUUACAAGCGAUAGAAUCCUUAGUACUCUUGCCUGCAUCAUCUCACUCACUAUUUGGGACACUAGCAAGACUCAUGUGCAAAGAGGUCUCGAUUUCAUCAGAAGACACGCAGAACAAAUGAUGGAGGAAAUACAGGCCAACGGAACGUCCAAAGUGUUUGAGAUGGUGUUUCCUCCACUGCUUAGUGAAGCCAAAAGCCUCGGCCUGGAUGUUGAUGUAACUCUUUUUAAAGAAAUCAAUGAGAGGAGGGUCGAGAACUUGCAACGGAUUUCUGUGGAACGCCUUCAUAGCGUUCCCACUGGAGUAUUGUACUACUUGGAGGGCGUGCAAGAUGUAGUGGAUUGGAAACUGAUACUUAACUUGCAAUCGAAGGAUGGCUCUUUCCUAGGCUCGCCAGCAUCUACAGCCCGUGUCUUCCUGCACACCGGAGACAGGAAAUGUCUAGAAUUCUUGACCGCCCUUCUUUCGAAGUUCCGAGACCAUGCGCCAUGCAUGUAUCCAGUGGAUAUCUGUGAACGUCUGAGGGCUGUUGAUAAUGUUGAACGUUUGGGGAUCGACCGAUAUUUCCAAACGGAGAUCAAACAAGCCUUGGAUUAUGUGUUCAGGUACUGGGACGAAAGAGGUAUCGGCUUUGGAAGGGACAGUCAGGUUCCAGACAUUGAUUGCACCGCCACAGGCUUCAGACUCUUAAGACUACAUGGGUACGACGUCUCUUCAGACGUUCUGCAGAAUAUAAUUGGUGAGCAGCUUUAUGAUGGGGGACCUUCGGAUAUGUUAAGCCUGUACAAAUGUUCACAGAUCAACUAUCCAGAAGAAACAUUUAUGAGAGAGACGAGUGCCAUGGCCAACGCUUACCUAUCCCAAUGCAUUCGAAGCAACAGCUUUUCUCACGAGCUGGCUAUCAGGAAAGACCUUCGCGGAGAGAUUGAGAAUGCUUUAGAUUAUCCCUGGCACAUGGAUCUUCCAAGACUGAUGGCCAGAAAUUACAUGGAUCAGUUUGCAUCCACUCACUCGUCGAUGGAGAAAACAGUAUAUCAACUGCCGAAUGUGAGCGACGAAAGGUUUUUACAACUGGCCAAACUGGACUUCAAUCGAAUGCAGGCUUUACACCAAAUGGAAAUUCUAGAAAUUAACAGAUGGUAUAAGGACUGCAAUUUCAACCAGCUCACUUUCAAUCGUCAUAGACCAGUGGAGAUAUACUUCACCGCUGCAGUGGUGAUGUUUGAACCAGAAUACUCUGCUUGUAGAAUUGCGUACACAAAAGCUGCCUGCAUUGCAGUCAUUCUGGACGACCUCUUUGAUUCUCAUUCUUCGCUGGACCAAGUAAAUUUAUUUACUGAACUCGUCAAAAGAUGGGAUCUAUCUCUUUUGCACUGCCUUCCAGCCCACAUGAAAAUCUGCUAUUUGGGUUUGUAUAAAACUGUAAACGAAUUAGGGCAACAAGCACUGGAGGCUCAGGGACGUGAUGUGCACCCCUACCUUCGCUCAGUUUGGGAGGACCUGCUCUCGGCUACAGCAAAAGAAGCCGAAUGGGCUGACGCAAAGUAUGUGCCGCCAUUAAAGGAGUAUCUAGAGAAUGGGAAGGUAUCAGUUGCGCUGGCAACACUUAUCCUUAACUCCAUAUUUUUCACGGGAGAGCCUCUUCCGGACAACCUCCUCGCUCAGCUUGAUUUUCGAGCUCCCUUUCUCCAUCUCGUAUGUCUAACAGCGCGUUUAAUGAAUGACGCUAGAACUUCCACGGAUGAGAGAGAUCGCGGUGAACUGGCAUCGUGCGUACAGUGCUACAGGGGGGAGCAUCCUGAACGCACAGAGGAAGAAGGUCUAAGUUAUCUCUUUGAUUUGAACCAAGACAGUUUGUUUGAACUGAGUUACGAAUUUCUGAAGCCUGGGAUGGUGCCAAAAUGUUACAGAAAGCUUCUUUUUGACACUGCUAGGGCAGCCCAAUUGUUUUACAAGAACAAAGAUGGUUUCGGCAUGUCUGCCCAGGAGAUGGAACACCAUAUUACAAAAUUUCUGUUUGAACCGGUCGUUUAACAGAAAGGAAAUCCACUCUGUUUUAUAUUUAAGUUUGUGAUACGGAAAUGCAAUGUUUGCUAAGCUCUGGAAUAGAAAUUAGGAAUUAGUCCAAUGUAUGUAUGUUGGAAACUUAUAUCUGCAUUAGAUUGUUCUCUGCAGUUUCUAUUUUGUUUCACAGUUUCUAGUUUAGAUUUAGUAGUUAGUUUGAUUAGAAUUUUCAACAUAAACUAUUCACCAUGACAUAGUAAGUUUCCUACGGUGCAAAGGAAACAAUCCUCUAUGAAUUACUUCUAUGUAAUGACAAUUGCGUGUUGAGCAUUGCUUAUGAAAAGCUGCUCUGUUUUUGUAAAAUCUCAGGAUAAUAAAAGUGAUGAAUGUUGUUCAU